AGACAGUGAUCAUUCUUUGUGACUUGUCAUUAAUAUGUCAAAGCAAACACACCUGUUUCCUCCCCUCCCCAGUGACAUUACUCCAUUAGACUACAAAUAGGCUAUCGUCAGACUGCCCACAGAAGUUUUUGUCAUUGGAAGUGGCAUGGAUCAGAUAAGAUUUGGCAUCCUACUUAGAACUAUUGUUUUACAAUGUUUUAUCAUAAGGAAUGUGUUUUCCAUUCAGAAAAGAGAAUGGAUUGAUACCCCAACAACAAAAUUAACAGAAGGAGAUGCGGCAUGUUUUUCUGAAUACAUGGAGAUGUGGAUCCACAGGGCAAGGAUUGAAGGGCUGGGAGUCUGGAUGUCUGGGGCCUUACAGAUUCAAGCCGACCUUGCAUCUCUGGAUUACCUAAACCUCCAGUUGUCUGCCUGUGGAUUCUCACUGCACAAAGACCCUGACGAGAACUUUAUUUUUAGAGUCCGUUACACUGGAUGUUAUGUCCAACAACAGCACGGCUACAAUAUCCUGACACUGAAUUUGGUGAAGAGGAUAAAUCGAUUUGGAGGCAGACCUCAUAGUUUUGUGAUGAAGUGUCCCGUGGUUUCUGUGCUGCCCAGCAGAGAGCAAAUCCAGUGUGAUUCAGAAUAUAUUCAGGUGACCAGACAAGUUCCCUAUGACAACUGGGAUAAGGAACUGCACUGGUCACUGUCUCUGAGCGACCACCUCAUUGUAGCUCUGGAGGAUGCCAGCCUGAUCCAGAUGAACAUUGACACGAGUGGACGAGACAUUACAGUUCAAGGCAGGAGGAGGGAGGUCAUGAGCUCUUUCAAAGUCAUGGAAAAUGAAGGGGAAUUCUUGGCUUUGAAGCUGGUCAGUGGUCAGUAUGCCUACAGUAUGGAAGCUACGUGCCCAAAAGUGACCACAGCCACAGCAGAGGAGACCGUGCUGCACAUUUUCAAACGACACAUGGGUUUGACCAAGCGAGGCAGCUAUGACAACGAAGCACUGACAGUCAGUAAUGUGUCGGUGAACCAGACAGAUUAUUUCAC